UCACAACCUUUACUCCUUCCUCACUUAUCUCUCCUCUCCCCUCCCUUCCAUGCCAUUCCUUUUCCUUCUUUCUCUUUUCUUCCAUUUCGUUCCAUUCUUUCUCCGUUCCUCACUCCCCUCCCUUCCCUCUCUCCUUACCUUCCACUAACCCUUCUCUUUUUUUCUUUUCUCAUUUCACAUGUACGUUUCUCCCUUCCCAAAUGCCAAAUCCCAGAAAUAAUCUUUUCGGUGGUCACUUAUUCACCUGUCUUCAAGUCCGAGUCCAUCAGCCUGUGAUUGCCGCCAGAAUCGGUGCAGACAGUGAGGAUGAGACGGUCAGUUUGCGUCGCUCGAACAAGAAGCUCCAAUCAACCAGCCCAUUAAGUUGAGAAGACAAGAAGAAAUUUGAGGGUGUUGUUGAGCAGACUAUUCAGUGGUUGGAUACAAGUAUACAACCAACUUGUGGAGGUUGAUGAAUUUGAAGACAAGUUGAAGGAACUCGAGUGUAUUUGUAAUCCCAUCAUUACUUAGAUGUACCAAGGUGGUGUUGGCCUGAUAUGAGUGCAGGUGGUAUUUGUAAUCCCAAGUUGAUGGUGGUAUUGCUGGUUUCGGUGGUGGUCAUGCUAUUAGUGCAGGUGGUUCUACGAUUGAGGAAGUUGCUUUAGCAUCAUGUGAAGUUUAGCUUGAAAAUGUGUUGUACCUUAGCUUGUGAAGCUGUAAUCUUCUUGGCUUUUUGUAUUUUCUUGUUUUGUUAGUAAUUGUCUUGCCUUUGUGCAAGUCCAUAUAAUUAUAACUAGGUGUGUAAUGAGGGAUUAUUUUGCCUUUGCAAGUCCAUAUAAUAAUAAGUAUAAGUAGUUGAUAAUAUUCGAUUUUAGUUUCA